CAGGCAAUUUAUCAGAUCUUCCUUUUCUCUUCGUCCCUAUACAUAAACCCCGUUUUCAUUUUUAUUUUUUAUUUCCCAUCAUAAUUAAUUGUUUUUCUUGUAAUUAAUUCAUUGUUUUUUCAGUGUAGAGCAGAAUUGUGGUAUCCAUAAUUGAGAGGAUGAAGAGGCCAGCAGCUUUCUUCAAGGUCUACAUAGCUGAAAUCAACAACAACGAUUUGAAAAUUCCUCAAGCAUUCGUGCAGCGCGUCCGCAAAGCAUUUCCAGAGAAAGUAUACUUGAGAGACCGAUGGAACAACGUUUGGCCCGUAAAAGUGGCACAAGUUGGGGAUGAUUGGUAUAUUCGCGAUGGUUGGGUUAAGUUUGUGGACGAUAAUUUCUUGACAAGCGGAGACAUUUUGGUGUUCGAGUAUUUUUGUGACAGUUUGUUCAAUGUGAAAUUAUAUGGAUUAUCCGCAACUGAGAAGAACGUGUCCCGGCCCCUUAUACUUACGGAUGGAGACGAGCAGGAACAGGAUUCCGAGGAGGAAACUGAAAGUGAGGAUCAUGAUUACAUAUUCAGGAGACGAGAACGAGAUAAUUAUGAGGAUGAUGAAGAGACUGAGGAUGGAAAUUGCCGUCUGGUCCAUCAAGAACACAGGCAUGAAGUACGUGAACAAGUUAAUCACACGGAUGUGGGUGGUCCUAAUAGAAACAAAGCAGGACAAUGGAUAAACUUCAGUGGUAAGUAUGGCAUGGAGAUCUUCCAAGCUGGACUGUUGGAACAGCCGACGAAUCCUUAUUUUGUCACCAAAAUCAUGCCGAAAAGGAAGGGCGACUUGUUUAUUCCCAUGGAUAUAAUCAAAUAUAGCAACCUUGACUUCACACAAGACAUGACGUUGGUUGAUCCUAAAGGGAGGAAGUUUCAUGCAAAGUGCAAAAAAUGGAAGGACGGAAGGAUGGUAGUCGCAGGAGGCUGGAGAAGCCUAUGCAGAUUGAACUUCGUGGAACAAGAGGACAGAUGCAUCUGUGAGUUCGUGCAAGGAGAGGGCCGAUGCCUACUCCUCAAUGUCACUUUCGUCCGUGCACGCGAUCUGCGUUAGUGCUGAGACUGAAGAGAUGAAGGGAACAAAAUAGGAAAGGUUUUAUCAAGAAGAGUUAUUUUUGUGCAGUGUUUGCCUGGACGACUUCUGAUUUUCAACAAUGAAAAAUUGAUGAGAAAUUAUCGUGCAGUUAUAUAUGUGACGUGCCACAUUUCAGUUUGUCAUGAUGAACUUAGAUUUUCAAAUUUCCUAUUUUUGUAUUUGGAUGGAAGGAUUCCGGCAAUGAAUUUAAUUAGAAACAUAAUUAUGUACCAAUCUAAAUGAAGUCUAUGUGAUAUUUUUUGUUUGAUUUUAUGAUUAAUGGUGAGUUGCAUGUUGUUAUU